AUGGCCGACAGCUCUGCGCAAUACCUGAAGAAGUCACCAGGAGCCCCUAGAAUCGGUGGACGUUCAGGACGUGCUGACUCAAUCAUUGAUCUGGCUCUUCGUGCCAUUAUUUCCUUCAAAUCUCGUGUGCAUAAGCACCGAGUAUUCGCGCAGAAGAAUCUGGCUGCUGAAUCGUCCAUUAAGUUGGACGUGCUAGACAGCAUUCCUCGUGAAUUUGUUGAACUGGAAGAUGAUCUGGAAAUGGCUGAUGAAGUUGAUGGGGAUGAAGAAGUUGGUGAGGAUCACGAUGAGCAUGAAACGCCGGUCAAAUCGACCGAAGGUGAAGGCACCGAAGCUGCUGAAGGUGACAAGGAUGAACAGAAUGGAGCUGAAGAUGGAGGUGAACCUAAGAAACCAAAGAAAAAAGAGUACGUCGACGAAGAUUUGGAAGCUCCCUUCGAAAUUAGCUGGGAAGGCGCCCCUGAAUUCCAGUGGAAAUUAUGUCCUACACCUUCCGACACUCGUCGACUGAUUAUGGAGAACGUUUUCUGGUCGGAUUUGCAGAACGUCUUCAUUUAUCGUGUGAUGUUGAAAGCGGAAACUGUCGAUAUCAGUUUUCCCAUGCGUUUUAACAUAGAGGGAUCGAAGCAGAUGUAUGGGAAAGUGACAAUGACGUUCCAAUGGAGUAUGCAAAUUAUGCACGAGGCUAUGCGCCACCUUAUCUACGUGCGUUGUCCUCUCGGUCGUCGAAUCAAGAUCUUUCUUCCACAGACAACGACUGCAAUGAAACUGAAGGAGGAGUUCGAAGGAAAACUCGGGCGCACUAUUCAACCGACUAAAAGAAUGCAUCAGCUGAUUGUGAAAGUCCUUCCAGAAAACUACGAGCUCACAUUGGAAACUGCUAAAGAGAUGUUUGCUCCCCUUGAACCAGUUGCAGUCGAGAAUGUUAAGGAUGACGCUGAGCAACCUUGCGCAGUAGUUACAAUGGCGAGCGCUGAGGACGCUAUCAAGGCGCAUUCAUCCACUUAUUUUGUGACAGUGAAAAGAGAGGGCGAAAAAGACGUGAGAUGUCAUGUGUUCCUUCGUGGAGGUGCGAUAAAUUUCCAUUUCUCUGAACUGUUCGCAAAAUUCAUCCUUUUAUUAGUUGAGGCACAUUUCGGAUCGUUGCUGACUCGUUGGGACAAAAAGAAGGGCGACACCACAAAAAAGUCUACGAAGCGCGCUGCUGCAGAGAAGUCUGGUUCGAGUUCGGCAAAGAGGCCUCGUGGUUCUUCUAUACGUGGUGUCGGUCCGCGAGGCUCUGCUCGUGGUUCUUCCCGUGGACGACCACCUUUCACGGGAAGAGGUGGCAGAGGUCAGCAAGAAUUUCAUUAA